GCCGUCGUUUAAUCUCGAGUCUUGUUUUGGACACUUUGUGAAUGAUUUGCGUCGUGCGCACAAGGCAAAACACAGAAUCGAUGCUCUUGUCUUGUUGGGCUCCGAUUGGGCGAGUGGUGGAAAUGUGUCAGGCAUAUGCUCGCCGUGGGCGGGAGUAGACAUGUGUUUAUAAAGCUCCGUGGGGCGGCGACAGUGUGUUAAAAAGCAAACGAGAGCGCACGACAGAAAAACCCUCGGUUCACCCGAUGUUAGGUAGGGGAGGCGGGUCGCCCUCUGCCGCUCCGUCUCCUCACCUGUAUGGAUGACCACUACAACCUCAUCGACUCUCCCUCAGCCAGCCACAGGGGGACCAACGCAGAUAACCACGGUUACGCGGAGACGGAGAAGGACAUCAUGACAGUUGUGGCGUGCGAUAACAUGCUGGAGGAGACCGCGGCGCUGCCCAGUCACCUGUCGCUGGAUCGAUACGAGCCGGACCACGAGUGCUGCGAGCGAGUGGUCAUCAACAUCUCGGGGCUGCGCUUCGAGACCCAGCUGAAAACUUUCAACCAGUUCCCGGACACGUUGCUCGGAGACCCGAAAAAAAGGAUGCGCUACUUUGACCCGCUCAGAAACGAGUAUUUCUUUGACAGGAACCGACCCAGCUUCGAUGCCAUCCUUUACUACUACCAAUCCGGGGGUCGCAUCCGGAGACCCGUCAACGUUCCCAUUGACAUCUUCUCGGAGGAAAUCCGCUUUUAUCAACUUGGCGAGGAAGCCAUGGAGAAAUUCCGCGAGGACGAGGGCUUUAUCAAAGAAGAGGAGCGACCGCUGCCAAACCACGAAUUUCAGAGACAGGUUUGGCUUUUGUUUGAGUACCCGGAGAGCUCUGGACCUGCCAGAGGCAUUGCUAUUGUGUCUGUCUUGGUUAUUUUGAUUUCCAUUGUUAUUUUCUGCUUGGAGACGCUGCCUGAGUUUAGAGAUGACAAGGACCCCACGACUGUCUCGCCUAUUGCGAACUCCACUGGUCCUUUCGUGUCCAGCACUUUCACAGACCCUUUCUUUGUGAUAGAGACCCUUUGCAUCAUCUGGUUCUCUUUCGAACUGCUCGUGCGAUUCUUUGCGUGCCCCAGCAAGGCUACUUUUUCCAAAAACAUCAUGAAUAUCAUUGACAUUGUGGCUAUUAUCCCUUACUUCAUCACUCUGGGGACGGAGCUGGCCGAGAGGCAGGGCAACGGCCAGCAAGCCAUGUCUCUGGCCAUCCUCCGCGUUAUCCGUCUGGUGAGGGUCUUUCGCAUUUUCAAGCUCUCGCGCCACUCCAAAGGCCUCCAGAUUCUCGGCCAAACCCUCAAAGCCAGCAUGCGGGAGCUGGGACUCCUCAUCUUCUUCCUCUUCAUCGGGGUCAUCUUGUUUUCCAGCGCCGUCUACUUCGCAGAGGCCGACGACCCUACCUCCAGUUUCAGCAGCAUCCCUGAUGCUUUCUGGUGGGCUGUGGUUACCAUGACGACGGUUGGCUAUGGAGACAUGCAUCCAGUGACCAUUGGAGGCAAAAUCGUGGGAUCUCUGUGCGCCAUCGCUGGCGUGUUGACCAUUGCGCUGCCCGUACCUGUCAUCGUGUCCAAUUUCAAUUACUUUUAUCACCGGGAGACUGACGGCGAGGAGCACGCGCAGUACCUCCACGUCGGCAGCUGUCAGCAUCUCAACUCCACAGAAGAUCUCAAACGGACACAGAGCACAUCCUCCCUCAGUAAAUCGGAAUACAUGGUCAUAGAGGAAGGAAUUAAUAGCGCUUUCAAACAGCCAAACUACUCCAACCAGAACAAUCAAAACUGCGUGAAUAUUAAAAAGAUUUUCACAGACGUGUAAAACAUGUACAGUGCCAGACAGUCUUACAGUGAUCACCACGAUGGCACCGGUGCGAAUGCGAGGUGCUGCUGCGUUAUUUGGGUACAACGGGCCUAAAAACCCCCUUUUGAGGGAAAAAGUUACCUUUUUUUUUUUUUUUUUGGUCGGGUUCCAAAGUAUGGAUUUAUUUCUGCUGAAUGUAGAUGGAGCUUUAUCGUUUGAAUAAAGUAAAUGCUACAAGUAGUUUGUUUGGAUUAAAUAAAGGCAGCUAGAAGGAAGAAUUUAUCACUGUAUGCAAAAACUUUUGAUAUAGCAAGAUAUUUUCAGAGUAACAUGCAGCCAAUGGUGUAGCUAUUUUUAGUUUAUUUACUGGCUUUUGGCAUUUCAUGGAGUUACAGUGUAAUCGCAGUCAGAUUUCAUAUUUUUAACUAUAGGAUUUAACAUAAAUUCACUUUGCACGUAUGUAACAAAAUGAGUCCCUCCCAAUUAUAGAAUACAAUUAGUUGCACUCCAGGUAAUCUGCACUAUCAUCCUUUACCAACUUAACUGAGUUUUCGGGUAUUCAACAGGUACUGAAAACCUCUUGCUAUAAAUUAAAUAACCGUAAUGAUUUCUAUUAGCUCCAUCAGUCUGAAAAACUAAACAAGCAUUUUCUUACUGCGCCCUUCAAGAUUCAGUCUUUUGUCGUUGCACACCUUAUGAAUGAGGAACAACAGGUGUUUAAGAAAGCGCUGUGGUAGUUUUUGUUGCUACUCUGUGUUUUGGGAGUAUGUAAAUCACAAGGGCCUUUUACCCCGAGGGGCCUUUAGAUCCGUUGUACCCUACAUCUUACGGAAAAGCCAGCAUAUUACGCUAAAGUAAAGCAGGGCGCUUUUUUUUACUAGAAAGGUGCCAAACUCCGAUUCACGUGUUGCAUCCGUCUACAGCACAAAGGAUAAGGUUCAGGUCAGGGACUAAAAAGAAGAAGCACCCAUACUGCAAAUAUUGUGCUCGUAAGUCUGCGUUUGUUAUCAGUGUUAACAUAUAAUCAUCAUAAUACGUUAGUAUUCGCAAUAUCUUACGUUUUGUGGCAAAGUGAAACAACCGAAUACGUGUCGCUGUUAAUGUGAGCAAACUGAAGGUGAUGCUGUGUUGAUCAUAUGUAUUUUGUUGAAUAUAUGAGUGAUUCUUCAAUUAGGGGAUACAUUUAAUCGUAGAUUUUAAUAGGUCUCUUUAAUUGCUUUUUCAUAAUUGUAAGAGUGCUGAAAUGUUACAUUUGCCAGAAUUGUCUUAUACCCAGACUCUGAUAACUGCUCCUCUGAAGUCAUUUAUAAAAUGCAUUCAAAUCAGGGACAAUUUAAGUACUUUUUAAGUAAAUUGCUAUUUAUGUUUAAAAUUUGCCAAUAUUUUACAACAAAGAAUUGCUUGACCCCAAUACUACUGUAAUUUUGUACAUCAGUUAACUUACUUUACGUUUUUCAAGAAAAUGUUUCCUAGUUUUGAAGUGCAUGACAGAAUAUCAUUAAUUUUAGGAAUUAAGAAGAAAUCACAGCUUUAGAGUAGAUUUAUAUUAGGCGUCAUAACCAAACAUUAUUAUUCGAAUUUUUGUUUGCAUUUUUAUUAAUUAUGGUAAUUUGCUCAUUAAGAUAAAGACCAUCUGAUCUGUAUUCCGUGAUAAUUAAUAUAAAUUAACACAGGUUUCUAAAAGUGCCCCUAAUUGAAGAAUCACCAAAACAUCUCAGUGCAGACUUCAUUUAAACGCAGUGAAUGUGGAAAAGAAAAACAAUACGUUUUGUUAAUAAUGUAAUCAAAACUUUGUGUGUCUAUUGAAUCUGACUUGCUUGUACCAAAUGAUAUUGGUUAAUACUGAAUGAAAGCAAAUAUAUCUUUAUUUUGUGAUCAAGUUGGGCGAAAAUGUAGUCAUCUCCAGAUUAUGUAAAACUCAAAUCACGUCUAGCCUAUAAAUAGAGCGUUCGAGAUUUUCCUCAAAGCGAGACGUCACAGCGCUUCUGGAUUCUGGGGGAAAAAAAAUAGGAAGCAUCUGAAAAGGUGGCUCGGAUCGUGGUGGAAAAACGCGGCAUGGGAGACUACCAGAUCACAGACUGAAAGACUGAGAGAUCACGCCUUGAGUCCGCCUUGUGAUGCAGUCUCCAUGGCGACUACUGUUUCCUGGGAAACACCCGGGAUGUCUGUUCACUGGAAUUCUGGAGUUUGCCGUCAAUAGAUAUGAAACGUGCUUGUGACGUAUUCCAAAACAACGAAGACAACAGGAUUUAGAAGGCUUCGGCGGAGAUCCACGCAGUGCCUAGGACCGACGACCAAUAGAAACGGAGGCCAUUAACCUUUCUGCUACCAAAACAGAACUGAACUCACCUUCAAACAACACAGAAGAUGCCCGCAUAUCUCUACUGCCAAUUUCCAUUUACGCCUGACUGAAUCACAGUGAACCACAACGCUCCAGAAGUGGCCUUUUUUGGGUGAAUUCUGCAGGUUCACAUUUAAUACGAAGAAAGCAAUACGAAGAGAACUGAACUGUUGAACUGUUGGACAUGAACUGUUGGAUCAUCUACGAGACCACUGCCAGAUAUUAAUCAAGCUGUUUUCUGGUGUCCAUCAUGUAUUUACAGUUUAGCUGUUGUUGUGCCAGAUGUGAGAACUAUGUGAAAACUAAAUCUUUCUUGCUCUUUGACCAUAUAAAUAGUCUGAAAGAUA